AUGGGACUUUCACAGUCCUCUGAGGUCUUUCAAGACGACGACGACGACGACAAGUCUUUGGUCGUAUCAUCUCCUUCUUCUCCUGUUAAAUCCUGUUUAUCAUCAUCUCCUGUUAAAACCUCAAGUUUAUCAUCUCGAUCGUCUCCAUCGCCAUUACCUUCUCCAUCUUCGCGGUCUAAAGUUAAAAAUUUGGUCGAAUUACAUCCUGUGUCUCCUGUUUCUAGCUGUCGAUCAUCUACGUCGUUCAACUCCAGUGCUAUCACCAUGAGUGAAGAUAUCAGCCCUGAAGUCGAUGAUCUCGACGAUUUGGCCGAUUAUACUGUCGCCUGCACCCCUGAGGAACAGACCGAUAAGCUUUUAGCUCGCCGUCGCCAGCUUCAAAUACCAACGGACAAGACCCAGUAUCAAACUUGGAUCGACCACGGUUCCAUUGUGGAUUCUCAGAAUUACCCAAAGUAUCCCAACGGGGAAACAGUUUUUGUCAAAGAUCCUAAAGACAAAAUAACGAAUUUUCGGCAUAUCGCUUGGACUUACACAAUGAAAACCGAUCGGAAUGGCAAGUGGAUCAUUCGACGUUACACCUGCCUUGGUGUAAUGGGUUGCUCUGAACCGAGUUGCACUUUUGCUGGUUCCCCGCCAACUGGACGCAAUAAGAUUGAGGAGAUACUAUCAAAUGGCACCGCGUGCCCUGUCACUGGAUGCAUCGGCAUACAGACACACAUCCGAUGUCUUGCUCACUGUCGCAUUGACGAGGAUCACACAGAUCCCAAAGCUGUAUGGGGCUUGCUUCGUCACCAGGGUAAACAUACCCACGAAUGGCCAGAAGCCAAGAAGGCAGAUCCACUUUCAAAGGCGAAGCUCAAAGAUGUUGUAUUAAAUGAUCCCAAAGUUGGACCUUUGGGUCUAAAAGUUGGACGGGCGCACGUUGGCACGGACCCAAUCAAGUCAAUCGUGGAAGUCCACAGCUCUUUUGGAAAUACCGACCGGCUUGGUUAUCUUCGGCGUCUUAUCUUAAUUGAACAUGGUUUAAUGGCUGAUAAGAAUGACAAAGAAGGAGGCGAUAAAUGGCUCAUCCAACUUAUGCAUUGGUGCAGUCAAGGAUUGCGAUUCGUGUCAGUCUUGAUGGAUCUCAAGGACUUCCACUUCAGCUUUCAGACCGAAUGGAUGGCUGAAAUGCUUGUAUAUCAAGAGAAGAGGACUGUCAAUGGGAGCAUCCAACGCGAGGCUUACUCAGGAGGUCUUUUAUCCGAUGUCACUUACCGGUUCUUCCAAAACGGAUACCUGCUCACCACAUCUAUGUUCAACGAGAAACUGGAACGCUGGGUCCCCGUCCUGCUCACAUGGUUGGGAGGACUGUACUCAGAACACUACGAAGCCCAUUUCACCACUUUAUUACGCCAUAUACAAGAAUGUGGAUUACCUGAUCGAGAUAAGAGGAAACUGACGGAGCAAGUGGUUGACUUCUCUCAAGCGCAAAAGUCUGGAUUUAUAGCCGCCUAUAUGAAAGUAUUCAACACGAAUCGGAAAACUGCUCUCUCCAAGCUGCAUGGAUGCGAACAGCAUUUUUCGCAAGCUGUUACUCGGAUCAAGCGCAAUCGUAACAUAGUAAGGGAGGAACUUGAUGGGAUUUGGCAAACAAAGUGCAAGGAGCUACUCUUGCCUGACGAGGAGGCCCCGAAGAACGAGACCCUAGAUCAGUGUUUUGACUAUCUCCGCCGUACUUUUCCUCGUGCCAAGAAGUUCCUGGAUUGGUGGCACACAUCCAAUAUCGAAGCUAUGUUAUUUCGAGGAAGGAAUCGACUACCCGAAGACAAUCCACCUCCAACUUUAUCUGAUUCGGAAUCUGAGUCAGAAGGCGCUCCUCGUAAACCCCGGCAACGUGUGGCGGCAACAACCAAUGCGCAAGAGUCGCUGCAUCGGGUUUAUUACAUGCUUUGUGACGGCAAAUGCGGACUCAUCGGCGUCUUGACAAAUAGGAGUCAAUGUCGCUUAUGGAUCAUCAAAGAAGCAGUGGGAGGACGUCGUCACAGCCCUAGGUAUGCCACAGCCGACGAAACGCAAGUAUCACGCAAAUGA